AGUACGGACAGCUGCGAGCGAACCGUCAUAGGCUGUGCUUUUGUUGCCGUCGUAUGAGACAGACGUAUGGCAGGCGGUGAGUCGUCGUGUUACACUAAGCACAUUUCUGAAUAGUGGUAAUGGUGUAUGAGAAUUUUGGUCAUCUCGCAGCAUGGCUGAUGGUUCGCAAAGCCACUCGUCCCGACCUGCUGAGCUGCAGUGGAGUCGGCAAGACGUCUUCGAGUGUCUUUCAGCCGUACCCUCCAGUUUACGGCAGAUGCGACACGUGGGGUCCUCCCGGGCAGAGGAACCGCACUGGCACGAGAGACUCAAGAAGUUCGUGAACACGUUCGUGAAGGAGAUCGAGACGUACUUGGAAGCGAAGUACCUGGUGCUCGAGGGCGAGGAGGGAGGUGGGAGGUCCCACGGCGUGGGCGAGUGGGUGGGCGGCGGGACCGGAGCGCUCCUGGGGAAGCUCCUGGGGGCGCCCGAACUGGGGGAGUUCGCCGGGGCCACACUCGGGCACAUGGCGGACGAGGCGAUCCACAGGAGGAAGCUCUACCGCCUGUCGCAGCUGGUGUACCGCACCCAGGAGAAGGACGACCACGCCAGCGUGAGGCGGGUUCUGGCCGAGUGCGGGCUCCAUGUGUUCAGGAGCUUCGAGAUGCAGGUCAUGGGGGUCACGAGCGCCGCAGGAUGGCAACUGGCCGUCAAGAAGCUGGGCGAGGACGCGGCGCACAGGGCCAUCAACUUCUGCGCCGGCGAGCGUGCCGGAGAGAUCGCCCCGGACCUCAUCACCCGGGGAGUCGUCGAGGGGAGAUCCAAGAAGAGGCACUCGUACUCCUGGAGGCGCGGCCUCGCCAUACGCUACCGCGGGACGAAGGUGACAACCGAGGACAUCUACACCAAGACUGGACUUGUGGUCCUCGACAGUGACGGCGUCGCUGAACGUUACUACCGGAAGAAAGACGGAAAGUGCGAAACGUGCAAAUUCGGACAUCGCGUGCUUUUCAACUGGGAGAUGGACAGCCACGGAGGCAUAUCCGAAGUCCUGGGCAACAGUUGGCAUGAAGAAGAGAAACCACGUGACGAAUACAGAUAUGAGUUAAAACCAGAUAAUUUCAGCUCGGCGCUCAACUAUUUAUCGCGUGUUAUUUGUCCAGAAGAUGAGCAUAUGACAGAAGAAAGAAUAACAGAAAUAUUCACCAGCAUUCAGGUUAACAUGGUGUGUGAGAUUCCAGAGAAACUGCUGGAAAAUUACAUGAAAAAAUUGGUGGGAGAUAUUAACAAGAAUGAGGUACGAAAAAUUAGCGGUUUGGAUCAAGGUGCUGACGAAAUUGAAUUCGGCAAAAGGAGAGAAGCAGUUAUGUUUGAUUUGAGUGAACCAGUUGUGUUUUUCAAGGACAGAGAAGAGCCUCUGAGAAAGCUGCAUGAAUUCUUGUGCGGCCAGAACGCUCACAAAAUGGCAGUUGUAUGUGGGCCAGGUAGCGUGGGAAAGAGCGAGCUGGUGCGAAUGUACGCUUCAAGGUACAGCGCGCAUCAUUACAACACUGUGUGGAUAAAUGCAGGAAAUUUCGACUCCAUGCAGAGGUCUUUCUUCAGAUUAGCAGCAGAACUCGGAGUACUUAAAGAGGAGCAAGUGUUUGAAGAUCCAGCUGAGCGUAACAUCGUGGAUAUCGUGAAUGAUGUUUACAGAAAAUUGUUACUAGAAACUACUCUGUUAGUUUUAGAUAACGCAGAGAAAUUCAGCAAUGACAGCGAAGAAGAUGCAGGCUUGGACAGAUUUUUACCGAAGGAAAUGUCAAAUAAUGUGUGUAUUAUAAUAAUAUCUCACAACGUUGACUGGGACUCGUCAAUACCCAAAAUACAACUGGGCCAUUUCACAAAUUAAAUGCUGCAAUAUCUUUACGAAUACAUCAGUUUGUGUAAAUCUAUAGGUGUAAUCACUCUUUAAUACUGUUAUUUUAUUAUAAACAAUCUUGCA